CAGACUCACACAGCCCGUGCACGGUGCCCCUCAUUCAAAUCUUUGGUCCCCUCCCUCCCCUUCAAGUUUCCUCUGAUCGGCUUUGUUACACUUGAAUGUCUAGCAUUAGCUGUGCCGGAGGCAGAGGUGCUCCAGCAGGAAGAGGCAUGUGAAACUGUUGCAUCUUUUUCUCUCUCUUCUUUUUCUUUCAAGGCCAAAGAACUUAAACUUCCUGAAAUAGUUGAAUAGAAGCUGAGCGGACUUUUCUUCUUUCCCCAGGAGCUGGAAACUGACUAACAGUUCAAGCAAGGCUCCAAAGCAGAGAGAGAGAGCAGCGGCACACUUCCUCCAGGGGACUCCCUGGACUUUCCCCUCUCCCCCAUUUGUCUCUCCUGGGAGGAGCCAGCAAAAGGCACAUUGUAAAAAUAAAAACUGGACCGGAGCCAGCAAGUUGUAAAAUUCUAAGUGGUAUUGGCCAGAUCGCGGCGGAUAAAAUAGAAACUCCUUCACUCCCUGAUGUGAAAAGUCUCAGGAGAGAGCUGAAACAUUUCUAGCAGCGGUCAUCUCUUAUUUCCUUCUCCAAAAGCCGCGAUGCAGCCCUAACUUAACAUAAAAAGGGGGCUGAACCCUUGGAUUUGAAGGAAGGAGGCCCAAUGUAUGCCAGCGAGAUCACAACAUUCAUACCCUCCUUAGUUUGACCUUCAAGAGGAGAAGACUUCUGACCCCUUGACACCUUUCAGUCCAUCUGAAUCUAUGACUGGGGGUUCCACCCUAGCCCCACCCUUUGCUGUCCCAUUCCAGAAAAUGGGUUCAUUUCGAAGGCCCAGGCCUCGCUUCAUGAGCUCCCCAGUGCUCAGUGACUUGCCACGUUUUCAAGCAGCACGACAGGCUUUGCAGCUUAGCUCCAACUCUGCGUGGAACAGUGUUCAAACAGCAGUGAUAAAUGUGUUCAAAGGGGGAGGCUUGCAAAACAAUGAACUUUACACCCUCAACGAAAACAUCAGACGUUUGCUGAAAAGUGAACUUGGAUCCUUCAUCACAGAUUAUUUCCAGAACCAGCUCCUUGCGAAGGGCUUGCUGUUUAUAGAGGAGAAGGUUAAGCUGUGCGAAGGUGAGGAUCGCAUUGAUAUCCUGUCUGAAAUUUGGGAUCACUUCUUCACAGAGACCCUUCCCACGCUCCAGGCAAUAUUCUACCCUGUCCAGGGUCAGGAAUUGACUAUCCGCCAGAUUGCCCUGCUCGGCUUCAGAGACUUGGUCUUAUUAAAGGUGAAGUUGGAAGAGAUUCUUCCUCUCGUCCAAACAAAGCUCCCAGCUUCCAUUGUCCAGAUGCUGCUGGUUCUCCAGGGUGUCCAUGAACCUACAGGCCCCAGCAAGGGCUACGUACUGCUGGAAGAGCUGGUCAAACAGGUGGUCUCUCCAUACCUGGGCUUGUGUGAGGAUCAUAGCUUCCCUGGCGGCACCUGCGCACUCGAGAGACGGUAUUCCAGAUCUCGUCCCAAGGCAAACCUGCUGAGCUACUCUUCCCAUAGCGUGACGGCUCGACAGCCCAGCGAGACGGCCCUGACACCACUGACGGAGCAGGAGGGGGAGGCUUACUUGGAGAAAUGUGGCAGCAUCCGUCGCCACACUGUCGCCAAUGCUCACUCAGAUAUCCAGCUGCUGGCCAUGGCCUCCAUGAUGCACACAGGGAUCGUGAUAGAAGAACCAGACAACAGUGACAAAUGCCUCCUCCUGCAGCCCAGCUUCAGCCACAGGCAAUGCUCCAGUGAGCCCAGUAUCGCUGAUGGGCCGGAGGGACUGGUAGCAACGGGCAGGCAGGAACCUACGGAACUGAACUGCACAUCUGUCAGCUAGAAGGGAUGUCCCGUCCAGGAGAGAGGACCAUGUGCAUUAAACCAGACGAUGGGCGGUUGUAUUCCUGCUGGGAAUGUUGGAGAACAUGAGCCUUGGGGAUGUAUUGUUGUUGGAACAACAGUCUAUGUUCUCAUGUCUCUUGGGAAAGGUUCCCUAGAUUUUUAUCUGACUUUCUAGGAUCAUUGUCAGUGGAGGUACCAGGCUGCUCCCAGCAGAGCAUUUAGGACUGCAAUGGUUUCAGUGUUAAAUGCCACUGUCUCUGUGUUCUGUAGAGCUCCUUCCUGAGCUGCUCAACAUCCAAGUUCCACGGCUGUAGCCUCAGGUUCCCUCCCUUUUCCUUUUUGUGAAAGAAAUUAAUCUGAACGUUUUUCAAUCUCAUGCCGAACUCCUUGGUCUCAUUAAAUGGAGCCCUCCUCCAACUCCCAGCAGCAACUGGAGAGGACUGUGCUAAAAGCUCACUUGGUCCUUGCCCUCUGUUGCUAGGAUGGUGAUGACUGGGGUUGGGUUUUUCUUUUAAAUGUAUUGUACUCAGGGAUUAAACUUUGUGAGUCUUGUGGA